AUGCGCACCGUUGACCUUGUUGCCGAAAUUCUCAAGCGGGAGGGAGUACAGUACCUUAGCUGCUUCCCCACCACGCCGGUGCUGGAAGCCUCGGCGGUCGCCGGCAUCCGACCCAUCAUCAGCCGCCAGGAGCGGGUGGGUGUGGGCAUUGCCGACGGGUACAGCCGCAUUACCUACGGCGACCCCAUGGGCGUGUUCGCCAUGCAAUACGGGCCAGGCGCGGAAAACGCCUUCUCCGGCGUCGCCACUGCGUACUCCGAUUCCACGCCCAUGCUCAUCCUGGCCCUGGGGCAUCCCAUGGACCGGCAGGGCGUACUGCCCCUGUUUAGCUCCAUGACCAGUUAUGCCGCCAUUACCAAGUACUGCGAGCAGCUGAACAGUCCCAACCGUACCGCUGAAACCAUGCGCCGCGCCUUCGCUGCCCUUCGCCAGGGCCGUCCCGGGCCGGUACUGGUGGAGAUACCGUCAGACGUGGCUCUGGGCGAGGUUGACGAGUCGGCAGCGGCCUACGCGCCGUUGAAAUCGUUGCCCUUCCCCGGCAACCCCAGCGACAUUGAGGCGGCGGCCCGGGCCCUUUGCAACGCCAGCGCCCCGGUGAUCCACGCCGGACAGGGCGUCCUAUACGCCGGGGCUUCUGAGGAACUGCUGGAGUUGGCCGAGUUGCUGCAGGUGCCGGUGAUGAGCAGCCUGGCCGGCAAGAGUGUCUUCCCCGAGGUGCAUCCUUUGGCCCUGGGCAGCGCCAGUGGCGUGAUGUCCGGCCCGGUGUACCAGUUCAUGCGUCGUGCCGACCUGGUGCUGGGUGUUGGGUGCAGCUUCACCAAGCACGUCCGCUACAUCAACAUCCCCGCUGGCAAGACCAUCAUCCAGAUAACCAAUGACCCCCGCGACCUGAACAAGGACUACCAGGUGGACAUUCCCAUCAUGGCCGACGCCAGGCUGGCCCUGCGCCAGUUGAUCGAUGCCUGCCGCGAUAUCGUGGGAGACAGCCGCCAAUCCAGUCCUGACACCGCCGCUGCCAUUCGGUCGGAGCGGGAAACGUGGCUGGGCCAGUGGACGCACAAGCUGACCAACAGCCAGCGUCCCAUCAAUCCCUACCGGGUUAUCUCAGACUUUAUGCAGGCUAUCCCUCCGGAAGACGCCAUAGUAACCCACGACUCGGGCAGUCCCCGCGACGAAAUUCUGCCUUUCUACCGUUCCAACGGUCCCGGCAGCUACCUGGGCUGGGGCAAGUCCCACGGCCUGGGCACGGGCCUGGGCCUUAUCAUCGGCGCCAAGCUGGCCCAACCGGACAAGGUGUGCGUCAAUUUCAUGGGCGACGCCGCUUUCGGUAUGACCGGACUGGAUUUCGAGACGGCGGUGCGCAGCAACCUGCCCAUCAUCACCGUGGUGCUGAAUAACUACAGCAUGGGGGCCGAGGUAACAGCCAUGGCCGCCUCUCACGAGCGGUACAACACCCGGGACCUGGGCGGCAACUACGCGGGCAUGGGCCGGGACAUGGGCGGCUACAGCGAACGAAUCGAGGACCCGGCGGAGAUCAUACCCGCCUUCCAGCGCGCACGCCGCAAGACCGAAGAGGGCGAGGCAGUGUUGCUGGAGUUCAUUACCGCGGUUGAGACGGACGUUUCGCACCGGCGGCCCUUUUAG